AUGAUAUCUAUUUUAGCUCUUUCUUUUUCUAGUUUAUAAAAAGCAAUAAAAUAGUAAAAUAUUAAAGAUCAGCUCAGUGAAGAUGAAAACCAAUAAAAGAAAAAUCAAUAAGAAGCACCUUAGCCAAAACCCCUUAAAAGCUGGGAAAUACGUAGAUUGUAGCAGUAGAAUAAAGAUGACUUUGUUUGUAGAAAUAAAUAAAAUGAGACCAUUAUUAAAUAACCAGGAAGUUUAAAUGGAUUAUAAUAUAAAAUAGAAUCUUGCACUAAUUCAGAAAUAUAUGUGCUUGACCAUUCAACUACAAUUUUUGUAGAUGACUGCACUAACUGCAAAAUUUUUAUAGGCCCAUGUAAAGCUUCAGUUUUUGUUAGAGAUUGUAAGAAUUGCGAAAUGGUGAUAGCAUGUUAACAAUAUAGAUCACGCGAUUGUGAAAAUAUUAAAACUCUCUUAUACUGCUAAUCUUAGCCAGUAAUUGAAAGCUGUAAAGAUAUGCAAUUUGGAUGCUUUUACUUUGCUUAUCCUCAGUUAAGUUAACAGUUUAAAGAUUGUGGAAUUAAUCCAUGGACUAAUAACUGGUCUGAUAUAUAUGAUUUUACAAAAAACCCAAACGGAGUUCUUAACUACUCUUAUUUACCAGAAGAUGAGAUUGAAAUUAUUCCAUAUGCUUGUGAAAAGCUAAACUCUCUGUGUUCAAGAGAAUAUUGUGAAGAAAGAUAGAACUUAUGUGUGCCAAUUACUAAAGGCUUAAGAUUAAAUGCUAAUGAAUUGAGUAACAGUUCUAUUAUAAUGGUAUAUCCAGAAGCUACAUCUAAAAUGGUUGGUUCUCUAGCAUCAAUUUUCAAUUAAAGAAACGACAUUUAAAUAAUUAGGACUUUAUAAUGCAAACUUUUAAAUGAUUCAAGACAAGAUUUGAUAUUUAGUCUUGAAGAAAAGAGCACUAUUUUUAGUCAGCAUGAUUUUUCAGAGAGUGUUUUAUUCAUUUAACUCCAAGGUGAGAAUUUAAAACAAGCAUUAGAUGACAUUUUUGGCAAAUAUUCUAAUUAAUAUUAUUUAUGGAACAAAGCUAAUACAUCAAUUACAAAAAUAUCAAAAAUUAUUUUUGAGAAUUGGGAAGAUGAGCGCAAGCCUAAUUGA